UUGAGAAUGAUUCAUCACAGAAGAUGGGGGAUAAAAUGGAGUAUCCAGAGAUAGUGAGGCGAUUAGGUAAAAAGAUCGAUAUUAGCUAUUAUCUGAAAACCAUUGUCAGCCUUUGUGCACGAUUUAUUAACUAUGAUGAAAUAUUCCAGCCAUCAUCUGAAAUUGUGCUGGAAGCCUUAAAAAAGUUAAAAGAUG